CCCGUCUACUAUAUUGGUUCAUGCUCCGCUUCUAGAAUCCACGUUCUCUUUCUCCAUUGGAGGAGAGAAUAACUGCGUAGACCGGACCGCAGCCAGCGAAUAACAACUAAAUGCUCUGCUUGCCAGCUGUUAGCUGUACUACUUGCCUUCCCAAUCUCUGCGCUUCUCUCUUCCCUGAAGCUGACCUCGCCUCAAUCAACAAAGCUCUCAAGAUUUGAUACUUCCCUUUCCACGGAAAUGCGACGACAGAGCGAUAGGAGGAGGGCGAAGCUCAAGAUCAUGCCGCUGUCUUCUUUCCUCUCCGUUCUUCUGUGUAUGGCACUCUCAAUCCCUAGCGCGGACUCGAAUCAGGAGAAGAGUUUGACUUCAAUCUACGAUGUCUUGACGGCGAAAGGACUUCCGAAGGGCUUGCUGCCUAAAGGGGUUACGAAUUUCAAAAUUGACGAGUCGUCGGGGGAUUUCGAGGUUCACUUGGAUCAGGCCUGCAAUGCCAAAUUUGAGAACGAGCUGCAUUACGACUGCAACGUCACCGGGAAGCUGAGCUACGGCCAAAUCGAAUCCCUCUCCGGAAUCUCGGCCAAGGAGCUCUUCCUCUGGUUUCAGGUGAAGUCAAUUAAGGUCGACGUUUCGGACUCGGGGAUUAUCUGUUUCGAUGUUGGGGUCGUUGUGAAGAAGUUUUCGGUUUCGCUGUUCGAGCUUCCCAAGGAUUGUGCUGCCUCGGCUGCUGAUGAGGCCAGGGAGGAAGUCCAGAGCGGGCGGUUCAUCGAAGAUGCAGUGACCGAGAGUCGGCGUGGUGAAGUAGUAAGCUUUGGAAGGGAUGUUCUGUAAAUGGGGUUCUCAUUUCACCAUGAAAGUUUCAUGGACGAAUUCUUUCUUCUUGUUUCCCUCCCCAAAUUGGGAACGAACUACUGCUACUAGCUUCAGCGGAUGGGUUUUUUUUAUAGCGGACGGGAUUCAGAUAACAGUUGAAAUGAGGGAUGAUUGUAGCAGAACACAAGAUAAAGUGGGGGCAGGAACUUUUGGAGGAGGUGAUCUCAGGUGAUAAAUAUGCCUACUCGCUAAGUUUUUUUUGUGUGUUCAAGUUUUCUGAUAGAUAUGGAUAUGGGUUCGGCAAGUUUGUUGUUUCCGAGUGCUUCUUUUGUGAUAGAAUUGAUGCGAGUUGUAUUUGUUUCAGGAAUAAAAAUUCUAUAAGUGAUUCGAUUGAUGGGAUUUGGUAUUAUACUUAUGAGAUCGAUGAGAUUGAUGUAUAAAGGUUAUUGUUGCCUCCAUGUUUCGUACUAGAGCUUUGAUCUCAAUCUCCAUAUGUAGUGUGGAUUUAUUCAGUUGCCGGUGAAUGAUCGGUAGUGCACAAUCCAUCUCUCUGUUGCUGGAAUUCAUCAGAGUUUGAGCAGCAAUGAUAUAUGAGUAAUCCCAGUGUUGUUGAUAUUACUAUUAGCCAACUAUUAGCCAACCGGGAAUUUUCUUGAGCACUCUUUUUAAUUUGAUUAGAGAGGUUUGAUUUGGCAUCUUCAAAGCACCCCAAGUGGCCAUAGGCUCAGAUGGAAAUUGCUGUCUACCAUCUAAAGGCUGACUACAAGUUAUGCUGGAAUCAACGGUAAGAGAUGUCAAUCAUAUUUAUAAGUUGAUCUUCUUCAUCGGGCAAUGUUGCCGGACUAGUAGGUUUGAUCAGCUAGCCACCUUUGCAUUGUGCGGAAAGAGUACAGAUUACAAAAUCUCCCGAGCUUAUCUUUGACGGCCUCUUCCAUUUCACUGAGAGCCCUGUCUUCUGCUGUUUUUAUUCUUUUUCCUCCUAUUUUGUCUCUUGUUUGCUUUGACAGGGGCAAAUGGGGAGUUGCAGUUGAAAAUAUGGAGGAUCAAGGACAGGAGUUAAAGAGAAUACUACAACAAAGAAGUGAGUUUGGCAAAAUCAGAGUUGUCAUUCAGUUCAAAUCUAGAUGCUGAACAAAGAAGAAAAGUGGCAGAUCUGUUUGGUAUGCGACAGGUGCUACAUCAUGAUGAAUACAAAGGGUUUCCUACUACGGUCAUUGGCCUGUCAAAGAAAGCAGUCCCAGUGUCGAGGAAUAAAACCCUUUCCAAUGCAGCUAAGGAAGUAUUCAUCAAAGCAGUGGUGCAAGCACAAGGCUUUGUUAGUUUUCCUAAUUCCCCAGGGGAUGAUUCAUGAACUACAAAGCCUGAUAGUUGGCUUCUGGUUGGGAAGGAAAUGGGAAUAAAGAUGAACUCAUUGGCUAAGUUGGGAAGACAGGCAUGGAACUUGCUGGGAAGACCAAAUUCAUUGGUGGCAAGAGUAUUCAAAGCAAAAUAGUAUCUUGAUUGAAGCAUAGUAGAAGUAGAAGUGGGAAUUAAUCUAGCUAAAUAUGGAGAAGUUUGAUAACACCCAACAAUUGGCGAAGGAAAGAACAAGGUGGAGGAUAGAGUACAGGGGAACAGGUCAGAGUAUGGAGGGACAAAUGGAUUCCAGAUUGUCGUAAUCACAAAGUUGAGACCCAUAUAAUAGAAUUGGGGAUGCAAGCUAAGGUAGUGAAAUUGAUUGAUUAAUGGAAAAAAGACACGGAAAAGCAAUGUUCUGCAAGAAAAUUUCCAGCCCGUCGUUAGGAACAGGAUCUAUCCGAUAACACUACCCCGAACACAUCAGCAGGAUAUUCUGAUUUGGGGUGAGAUAAAUCUGGAGAAUACAAACUUAAAUAUGGGUAUUUUGAGUGGAAAAAGAAAGAAGCAGAGGUGGAAAGUGAAUGGUAAGUUCCAGUGGAGUGGCUAAGGGUAUGACAUCUCAAGAUUCCCUCAAGGUGAGAGUCUUCUUAUGGUGCUAGGGUAGCAAUAUCGCCACAUGAAGAAAUUUGGGCAAACGAAUCGAGGAAGCUUGCGAUGAAUGCCCUUUUUGUGGUCUCAUAAAAAUUUAAGAGCACAUAACAAGGGAUUGUGAUUGAGCAUCACGAGUUUGGAGACCCAGUUUAGGAGAUUCAUCUCUCCUUUAAGCUUCGUAACCUUGUUUUGCGAGCUAGCCAGCUCGGCCCUAAUAAUCUCUCUCAAUGACUCAAUGGUGUUGUCAAGGAUUUCAAAUAGCUCAUUGCGAAGUGCCUCCAAACCCUCUUCCAACCAUGUCAUGCGUUGCCCAAUGCCUUGCAUGUCGCCCA